AUGUCGCGAAGCACUAAGUGGAAAUUUGCAGUGGUUGCUGGAAUUUCCCAGUAUUUAGUUUACGCAGAAGCAAAAUAUUGUGCCUUUGAAAUACAUGGAGAACCAAAGUACUAUAUGUGUCCAAGGACCGAAUAUUGUUGCAACUUUGGCUGUUGCGUAUCACCAGGGUUUCAAAUUUACCAUCUGUGGUAUUAUUGGUUAUUAGUAAUAAUUAUGUUUUUGGUAUGCUCUGGUGGUGGUUGGUGGUAUCGAUAUUGGCUGCAAGGAAGAUAUAGAGCAGCAGCAUCUUCCAUACCCACAAGACCUUCUAAUUCAAGAACACAAAAUUCUCUUCGAGGUCCAACGUGUCAAGCACAGCAAGCUCGAAUUACAUACAAUACGGCAAGGAAUACCGUUCUUUUACACAGAAUGUGGAAAGGACCUCACAGGAAUGCAAAUUCAACAGUUUAUAACGGAGCUUCAGCUACAAGUUCAACUACCCACUAUCAAAAUACAAGUGUCGUACUGAAUGAUACUAACUGCCCAUAUUAUCAGUUAUAUGGACCUCCACCAAGUUACGAAACUGUAAUUGCACAGACACGGAACAAGUUUUCGACUCCCUCGUCACCAGAGCUGUUGCAAUCGAAUCAGAAUCAUCGAUCAUCAUUGCCAACGUCUAGUGAUACGUCGGGGUUUGCUGCACAGUGCUUUUAUAAUGUGCCGAGUAGAUUGCCUACAGGAUUAGAAGUACCUCAUUAUGGACCUCAAAGACUGGAGAGCUUUGAUACUACUGAAUAUGUUAGACUUGCAUCUCAAUAUGGAUCUGGGCAAGGAAAUGAAGCUUCACAUUUCACUCGAGGAUUUGUUUAUGAAAGAUCUAGUGGCGCAAAUGCUGCUCAAUCCCCAACUGACUGUGAGAGGGAGGGAAGUACCAGUGUAAAUACCAAUUUAGCUAAUAGUCCGGAUGAUGGUGGAUUUUUAAUUGCAAGGAUGGAUUGUUUGAAUAAUUCUUGCGUUUUAGAUCGCUCAUUACAGUGUCACACCUCUACUGGAAACUUUACUGGAAUUGGUGUUCAUGGAAUUUCGCGAGGGGAAUAUAAGCAAUUUAAUGCGCCAAAUUCUUCAGUGUCUGAAUUGACAUCCGAGCCAGUUGCCACGACUUCUUCAACAUUUGGUUUUGAAAGAUGUCCAUCUUCGUCACAGAGAUCGUCUAAACGUCCAGAGCCGCGGAAUAUUCAAGGUGGUUCCCUUAAAAUAACCAAGAGACGAGGGCAACAAAUUAAGUACCAUGAAGCGUUUCGAGCAAACCGAAGGCUCAGCUCUGUCGACUACGAGUCUCCAUCGACGAGUCGACAACAUCCAGACGAGUCAACGCGCAUAGACUCUCAAUUUAAUCCAUCCAGCAAUGUGAUAUUUGCGAUCAACCCCGAUGUCGACUCUACCGAUCAACGACACGGCUAUCGUCACCAGUAUAAUCAACAACAGCAACGCUCUUUCGCACUUUUAAAUGCUGAACAAAGUAGUACAAAUUCUAAUUUUGAAAGUAAACCCAAACUAGAUAGAUCGAGGUCGCUUGAUUAAAUGAGAGACUUCAAUCUUCUGAACGACGAAUUGCUGAGCGAAGGUACUUUGUAAGGAUCUUCAGAAU